AUGAUAAAUAAUAAGUUUGAUGAUGAUUUAGACGAAUUAAUAAAUGACAUCAAUUCAGUUAUGGAUAAACCAUAAAAUAAACCAAUUACAUCUUAAAACUAUUAACAAUAACCAUAGACAAAUUAAAGUUAAUAAUAAAAAAGAAAAUGUUUAUAACCACAAAUUGGAAAUCAAUAAUAAUUUCGUAUGUGCACAAAUCUCAGAUGUCUAAAAUGUGAUCUCUAAGUUAAAUGUCAUAUUAACUAAAAAUGGAACAAAGAUGUAGAUUAUUUAAUAUUCAGAAACUAUUUUAAUAAUAUGUCCAUUUUAUCUAAGUAUUUAAUAGACGAUAACCAAUAUAAUGCAUAUAAUUGUUAAUGCACUAAUGUAAAUGCCCAUGAAUCUAUAGCCGCUCCUUAGAAUUGGGUAUGUUCAGGACAUGCAAUCUGA